UAACACCAGUCAUCCAUCCAGGAGUUCCUCCAAAGUCGAAAAGCUCAAAGCUACUGUACAGUGAGCCUGCAUUUCUCUUUGCAGCUCUGAAACAAAGUCACAGACGCUGUGAAGGAGGCUGAUGACGCAUAGCUGUUAUAAGUGGAAGUCGAGCUCGGAAGACGCAUCCAUUUGAGUCACGGGGGUGUUUAUGUGUACAGCGCGUCUCAGAGCAGCACUUCUGCGCCAUGAACGAGCGGGAUAUCACCGCUUUCACACUUCUACCGACGACCACCGAGCAGAAAGAGCCCAAACACAACUCUCUGCAAAAACUUUACUGCAGGAAUGGAGGAUACCAUCUCCGGAUCCAACCUAACGGGACUGUGGACGCGAGUCGACAAGAGAACGACGUUUACACUCUUUUAAAGGUAAAAGCAGUGAAAGCAGGAUUAGUGGCCAUUAGGGGUCAUGAGACUGGACUAUACCUGGCAAUGGACAAAUAUGGAAAACUUUACGGCACUGUCAUGUUGAACGAUGAGUGUUACUUCAUUGAGAAGAUGGAGGAGAACCACUACAACACAUACCGCUCACAGUGGUAUCAGGAGAGCGGAGACUGGUACGUGGGCAUCAGAAAGAAUGGAUGGGCGAAAAACGGCUCCAAAACACACAAGGGCCAAAAUGCAAUCUACUUCCUGCCAAUUCCAGUGGAUGGCAGCAUACAGUAACCUGUGUGUUGAUCAGAGGCCCUUAAAUCUUUCUAAAAAACCUGUAAACUCUGAAUGCAAAGACAAUGCUUAAUUAGCCAUUAUAUAUAUAUAUAUAUAUAUAAAUAUGUAAAUAUGCUGCAUAUAAAGGCUACUGAAUGAGUACACAUAUACUGUAUAUUUAGGCUGUACGUAAGCACUGAAAUAUAUCUCAAAUAGCCUAGCUUCGCUGUGAAAAUACUGUGAAAAGUACUUUUAGUAGUGCAAAAAGAAAUCAUUUUAACCAUUUACCAUCAAAGAAAAGCCAAUAAAACUGAUUACGCUGUUGCAAACACAUUGGAAUCAAAUGAGUUUAACGUUUAGAAUGAUUUCAAAUCCUUAAAGUACACAAUUAAAACAUAUUCU